AUGUCGUCCCUCCUCCCGCCCAACCUGCUGCGGAUGUUCGCGCCGCGGCCGCCACUGCCGUACUUGCCGCCGUUGACAAAGGACGACUCGGACCGCGGACCCAACAAGCUCUCCGGCAUUGGCUCGCUCGUGAAGCGGCUGCGCGACGAGGCCGAGGAAGCCGAGCUCAAGCAAGGCCUCGAGGACAAGCCUGCCGCGGACGACGAGGUCAAGAAGGAGGCAGAGGAUGGCGCGGACGAGAAGAUGGCCGUGGACGAGGACGGCGAGGUCAAGGACGGCGGCGCGGCCAAGGACGUCAAGGGCAAGGGCAAGGCCAAGAAGUCGGACGCCGUGACCGCAGCCGGCGUCAUUGGCCAGGAGGCCGUCAAGAUGCGCCGCGAGUUGAGAAAGAAGCGCCAGGAGGAGUACAAGAAGGGCGCCGAGAAGGACUGGGACCCCAACCACGACGCAAAGGUCGUCGGCGACCCGUACAAGACGCUGUUCAUCUCGCGCCUGUCCACCAAGGCGACCGAGACCGACCUGCGCCACGAGUUUGAGGUGUACGGCCACAUCGAGGAGAUCCGCAUUGUGCGCGGCCACAAGAACAAGAGCCGCAACUAUGCCUUUAUCGUGUACGAGCGCGAGCGCGACAUGAAGGCCGCGUACAAGGACGCCGACGGCAUUCCGAUCCACCACAAGAAGAUCCUCGUCGACGUCGAGCGCGGCCGGACCGUCAAGGACUGGAAGCCCCGGCGCCUCGGCGGCGGUCUCGGCGGCCGCCCCAAGCCCGUCGACCCGGCCACCAUCGCGCCCCAGUUCAACAGCUUUGGCGCCGGCGCACCGCGCGGCGGCGGCUUCCGGGGCGGCUUCCGUGGAGGCUUCCGCGGGGGACCUCCUCGCGGAGGCGGGUUUGGCGGCGGAGGAGGCUUCCGCGGUGGGUCACAAGGCGGCGGCGGCGGGUACCGUGGGGGACCUCCAUCGGGCGGCUUUGGCGGACAGGGCGGCUACGGCGCACCCGGCGGUGGCUACGGCGCACCUCGCGGCGGCCCACCAAGCGGCGGAUUCGGCGGCGGCGGUGGUGGUGGUGGUUAUGGCGGUCCCCCCAGCGGCGGCCCACCUAGCGGCUACGGUGCUCCCUCGAACGGAUACCAGGGCGGCCCCCCCGGCGGUGGCUACAAGCGCGACUACGACGCACCAAGCGGCGGUGGCGGCGGCUCGUACGGCGGCGGUGGUGGCGGCUACGAGGACCGCGACUCGAAGCGUCCGCGCUACUAG